AUGCCCCGGGAUAUCCGUUCUUUCCAGGAACGGGUACUGAUCCAGGCACCCAUGGGAAACCUAUGUCACCCUUCAGAGGAACAGCCAGGUCAAGUCAGCAAACUCCAUGGGACGUCCUUCAACAACGCCUAUACGCAAACCGAGAACAUUUCCCCUGUAGCUGGUGCGGAGAUCACUAUCACUGCUUGCUUGAUUGCACUGGCCAGCUAA